AUGUCCCUUUCACAACGCGUUGUCAUCAUUGGAGCCGGUAUCGUGGGUACCAACCUCGCCGACGAGCUGGUCUCUCGAGGAUGGAACGAUAUCACUGUCAUCGAGCAGGGCCCGUUGCACAUGCCGGGCGGAUCGACGUCACAUGCCCCCGGGCUCGUAUUCCAGACAAGCCCCUCCAAGACAAUGACACACCUCGCGCGAUACACAGUCGAGAAGCUUCUAUCGAUAGAGAAGGAUGGACACAAAUGCUUCAAUCAAGUGGGCGGUCUCGAAGUAGCAACCACCCCCGCACGGCUGGAGGAUCUGAAGCGGAAACACGGAUACGCUUCAUCAUGGGGGAUUGAGGCGCGGCUAGUGAGCGCGGAGGAGUGCCUUAAGAUGUAUCCUCACCUGAACAACGAUAUGGUGUUGGGCGGUCUGCAUAUCCCCAGUGACGGUCUCGCACUAGCAGCCCGGGCAACACAGCUGCUCAUUGAACGGACAAGCAAGGCCGGUGUUCGUUAUCUGGGCCAUACUCCCGUGACGGGAAUUGACCGGGACGGUCGUCGUAUCACCGGAGUCAGUACUCCAAGCGGCACUAUCCCAGCAGAUAUUGUUGUCUCUUGCGCUGGGUUCUGGGGGGUUGAAUUGGGAGCGAUGGUCGGUGUGGAAAUCCCUUUGCUCCCGCUGGCGCACCAGUAUGCAAAGACCACAGCGGUACCCGCUCUUGCUGGGCGAGAUAUCAACAGCUUGCCCAAUGGAAUUAAUGCCACACUCCCAAUUCUCCGGCACCAGGAUAAGCGUCUUUACUACCGUGAACAUGGCGGGCAGUACGGCAUUGGAUACUACGGACACCGUCCAAUGCCCGUCGUUGCGUCAUCACUAGGACUCACUCCUAAAGAUGUUGAUGAACAAAACAUGCCCUCCCGUCUCGAUUUCACAACCGAAGACUUCGACCCAGCUUGGAAAGAGUCUCAAAAGCUCCUCCCGGCUCUUAAGGACACAGAGAUCGCAGACGGCUUCAAUGGUGUCUUUUCCUUCACACCCGACGGCGGUCCAAUCCUUGGCCAACCAUCCCAUCUCGACGGCUUCUAUGUAGCCGAGGCCGUAUGGGUUACACACUCAGCAGGCGUCGCCCGAGCUCUCGCACAAAUACUCACAACCGGCCGAUCUGAGAUCGACGUGUCUGAAUGUGAACUAUCCCGCUUCGAAGAGGUCCAACUCAACCGAGACUACGUGAGCGAGACCGGGCAGCAGAACUUUGUCGAAAUAUAUGAUAUUAUCCACCCCCUUCAGCAACGGGCCUCGCCUCGCAAUUUGCGCGUUAGUCCAUUCCACUCUCGCCAGCGCGAGCUGGGGGCUUUCUUCCUCGAGACCGGAGGCUGGGAGCGGCCGUGGUGGUAUGAGGCAAACAAAGAUCUUGUCAAGUCUCUCCCACCAUCAUGGAAGCCUGUCGAACGGGAUCCCUGGUCGGCGCAGCUUCAUUCGCCUAUCUCUGCUACCGAGGCGUGGAAGACACGGAAUGCUGUUGCUAUGUUUGAUAUGACUGCUUUCCACCGGUUCGAAGUCUCCGGUCCUGGAGCAGUCGGUCUGCUUCAGCGGCUGACCACGAGUGAUAUUACCACCAAGCCAGGGACCGUUACUUAUACUCUCCUCCUAAAUGAUCACGGUGGCAUUCGAGGUGACAUCUUUGUACUACGACUUGACGAUGACGUGUUCCAGAUCGGAGCCAACACUGCAACCGACCUGGCAUAUCUCACCAGAGAAGCUCGAGUCCAGGAACAUAAUACUCCUGGGCAAUGGAUCAAAGUCCGCGAUAUUACAGGCAGCACAUGCUGCAUCGGGCUCUGGGGUCCUCGAGCCCGGGAUGUUAUCACUGGAAUUAGCACAGUCGAUGUCUCCAACAAGGGCCUUCCAUACUUCAGUCUGAAGAAAGCAGUUAUUAAGGGUAUCCCGGUUACAAUGAUCCGAAAGUCCUACGUCGGCGAACUAGGCUGGGAAAUCCAAACCAGCGCCGAGUACGGUCAACGCCUAUGGGACACGAUCUGGCAAGCUGGAAAGCUGCACGGACUCAUUGCUGGAGGCCGCAGUGCGUUCAACUCGAUGCGCCUCGAGAAGGGAUACCGAACCUACGGCGUGGAUAUGACGACAGAGCACAAUCCGUUCGAAGCUGGCGUUUCCUAUGCCGUGGACACAAAUAAGAAAGAUGACUUCGUCGGCAAAGCCGCCCUUCAACGCCUUUCUAACCAAGUACCCCCGCGGCGACUACGAGCUUUGACCGUUGAUGAUGGUCGCUCGAUGAUUCUUGGCAAGGAGCCCGUGUUCUACAAUGGCAAAGCGGCUGGCUAUGUAACUACCGCUGCAUUUGGGUACACGAUUCGCAAACCAAUUGCCUACGCAUGGCUUCCUGGAGGCGUGAGCGAAGGUGAGACAGUGGAGAUCGAGUAUUUCGGAAAGCGCAUCAGGGCAACUGUUGAGACAGAGUCGCUUUAUGAUCCCGAGAUGAGCCGUCUCAGCCAGGAUAGCUUGCCUUCGGUGACUGGGCCACAAGCUUCGUUCAAGUCUCGACUUUGA